ACAUAGUAAAAGUUAGACUAAGCGACUCCCUUUGACUGAUUAAGGUUAAGUUUUCUCUUCUGAUGCUCGAUGAUUUGUGCAGCUCUCGUCUCGGCGAGAGCAUCAAGCAGAAAAGCACCACUACUUUUGCUUGGCUCUGCGCAACUACUAGAGAAAAAUAGCCUCGACCGUGAGUGAAGUGACAACCAUGGCUGCCAAGAAGCUCGUGCUCCUACGCCUCCUACUCGUGGGGUUCAUAAUAAACCAUGUAGCCCGCAGCGCCGGCGCCGGUGACGACGACCACCAGUUCGUCUACUCCGGCUUCGCCGGCAGCAGCAGCCUGCUCCUCGACGGCGCGGCGUCCGUGACGGGGAGCGGCCUCCUGGAGCUCACCAACGGCACGCUCCGCCAGAAAGGCCACGCCAUCUACCCGACCCCGCUGCGCCUCCGCGGCCGCUCCUUCUCCUCCUCCUUCGUGUUCGGCAUCCUGUCGGCCUACCCCGACGUGAGCGCCAACGGCAUCGCGCUCUUCGUCGCCCCGACCGCAGACUUCUCGGGCGCCAUGGCGGCGCAGUACCUCGGCCUACUCAACAGCAGCAACAACGGCAACGCGACCAACCGCGUCUUCGCGGUGGAGCUGGACACGAUGCAGAACAACGAGUUCAGGGACCUCAGCGACAACCACGUGGGCAUCGACAUCAACAGCCUCGUGUCGGUCAACUCCACCGACGCCGGCUACUACGACGACGACGGCAGCGGCAGCGGCGAGUUCCGCAACCUGACGCUCAUCAGCCACGAGGCGAUGCAGGUGUGGGUGGACUACGAGGGCGGGACCGGCAGGAUCAACGUCACCCUGGCCCCCCUCAAGACGCGCAGGCCGGCGAGGCCGCUGCUCUCGGUGGUGCAAGACCUCUCGGAGGUGAUCCCAGACACGGCGUACAUCGGCUUCUCGUCCUCGACGGGCCUGGUCAGCUCCCGGCACUACAUCCUUGGGUGGAGCUUCGCCGUGGACGGGCCCGCGCCCGCCAUCGACAUCGCCAGGCUGCCGAAGCUGCCCCGCGAGUUCCCGAAGCCAAGGUCCAAGGCCAUGGAGGUCAUCCUGCCGAUAGUCACCGCGGCGGUGGUCCUCUUGGUGGGGACGGCCCUCGUCCUGCUCAGGAGAACGCAGCUGAGGUACAGCGAGCUGAGGGAGGAGUGGGAGGUGGAGUUCGGGCCGCACCGCUUCUCCUACAAGGAUCUGUUCCGCGCCACGGAAGGGUUCAAGAACAAGAACCUGCUGGGGGUAGGAGGAUUCGGGAAAGUGUACCGAGGAGUUCUUCCGGCGUCCAAAUGCGAGAUCGCCGUGAAGAGGGUGUCGCACAGCUCGAAGCAGGGCAUGAAGGAGUUCGUCGCCGAGAUCGUCAGCAUAGGGCGGAUGCAGCACCCCAACCUCGUACAGUUGCUCGGCUACUGCCGCCGGCAAGGUGAGCUGCUUCUGGUGUACGAGUACAUGCCAAACGGGAGCCUUGACAGGUACCUGUACUCUCAACCUCAGGAGGCCGACGACAAGCACAAUGGUACUCUGAAUUGGGUUCAGAGGCUUGGGAUCAUCAAAGGCAUUGCAUCGGGGUUAAUCUACCUUCAUGAUGAGUGGGAGAAAGUUGUCGUCCAUCGCGACAUCAAGGCCAGCAACGUGUUGCUCGACAGUGGCAUGAAUGGCCGGCUCGGCGACUUCGGGCUCGCGAUGCUGUAUGACCACACUGCCGACCCGGAGACCUCGCAUGUUGUUGGAACCAUAGGGUACCUAGCCCCGGAGAUCGGCCGCACCAGCAAGGCGACCAUCCUGACCGACGUGUUUGCCUUCGGCAUAUUCGUGCUGGAGGUCACCUGUGGGCAGAAGCCCAUCAUGCAAGAUUCGAAGGAUGAUCAGCUCAUGCUGGCAGACUGGGUGGUGGAGCACUGGAACAGAGGGUCACUGGUUGAGACGGUGGAUAGCAAGCUCCAAGGCGACUACGAUGCCGAUGAGGCGUGUGUGGUGCUGAAGGUGGGGUUGUUGUGCUCUCACCCGUUUCCUGAAGCAAGGCCUACUAUGCGGCAAGUCUUGCAGUACCUGAAUGGUGAUAUGCCGGUGCCGGAACUAGUUCCGGCGCACCUGAGCCUCCAGAUGCUGGCGUUCAUGCAGAAUGAAGGGUUUGAUUCGUACAUCAUGUCCUAUCCUUCGUCGGUGGAGAGCGUUAACAGCCUCACUAGCCUUGUGCACGAGAGAUAGGAUAGGGUGUUAACAUUGGUUUCUUUGUAUGUAUUCCUUGUAUCUUGUAUAUGGGCAAUUAAGCUCAUACUUGUGUAUGGUAUAUUUGCUCAUCAAUAUAUAUGCCUUGCCUGAA